ACCUGUCGGGCGACACUCUCCAAUGGAGGAGGACACUACAGCCUGUUACAGUGCUGCUCUACAACACAACAUCAGCUACCGCUGGCACUCACCACAAGCACUGCAGAUCUUGAAAGACGACAUCGUCCACUCCAUCUCGGACUUGCAGGGAGCUGCUGCACUGAUGCAUUCACUUAACCUGCCCACAGACUCCCUACCACUCCCCUGCCAGACGGAGCCAGCUCCAACGGGACACCACUGGAAUCCAGUGAUGGACAUACCGUUUGUACCUAACACCACAAGGCCUACCCC